AUGAAGGAAAAGUGUGAAUUUGGGUAUGAUAGGUUGCACAAGAUACGCCCCCUUCAGGACAACUUGAAUGAAAACUUCGCAAAAUGUGCAGAACCUGAGGCACACAUGUCAGUCGACGAACAGAUUGUCCCAUUCAAAGGACAUCACAAUUUGAAGGUUUCAAUGGAGAAAAAAACAAACAAAUGGGGUUACAAAAUUUGGGGCUCAGCUGGUGCAUCUGGAUACAUGCACAAGUUCUACAUACAGGGCGAUAAUCUUGUUCAGGGUGAGCCAAACUUGCCUGAAGGCAUUGGAAAAUCUGGUGAAGUUGUCCUCAACUUGGUUCGUCAUUUGCCUGCGGGAACACACAUCUAUUUUGACAAUUAUUUCGCCUCUCCAGACCUUCAUCUAGAACUGAAGAAAAGAGGUCUUCAUGCCACAUGCACAGUGCGUCAAAACAGACGACGGAUAUGUCCAACCCUCACUAAAAAGCAGUUUGAGGAGAAAGGCAGGGGGUCCUAUGAUUACAGAUCAGCUGAAGGGGUUUUGGUGUGCUCAUGGUAUGACAACAAGGUUGUAAAUGUUGCUUCAAACAAAUGUUCUGUCAAACCAACCACAGAAGUUCGCAGAUACGAUAACAAAACUAAGACUUACGUGAACAUCGAGUGUCCUGCCCUUAUCAAGGCAUACAACAAAUGCAUGGGGGGAGUCGACAAAUGUGACAUGAUGCUUUCUUUGUACCGGAUCAAAAUGAAAAGCAGAAAAUGGUACAGACGCCUGAUUUUUCACAUGGUUGACUUGGCUCUUUCAAAUGCCUGGCACAGAAGGCAGUGA